UAGAAAACCACACCGUCUUCUCCACUCUAACCAAAAUCUUCAGCCUUGAAUUUCCAAUGAACCUCAAGUCGCUCUCUUUCGCCGCCGAGACCCCUCCGCUCUCAGUUCUCGCGGCGGCCAAGCUCGCCGGUGUUUCUGUCCCCGCCGACGCCUCUCUUGCUCCCGAUUCUCCUCCGGUUCUUCACUUCUGCAAUGGGCGAAAACUGCGCGGCGUUUUGCCGCUUCUUCGCUAUUUCGGCGGUAUUGCAAAUCUGUGCGGCGCCGAUGCGUUUCAAGAGGCUAAGAUUGCGGAGUGGCUUGAGUACGCUCCUGUGCUUUCGGUUGGCUCGGCGUUCGAGAAUGCCUGCAAGCAUUUGGAUGAGUACGUGGGAAGCCGAACCUUCUUGGUUGAUCACUCGUUUUCGAUUGCCGAUAUCGCAAUCUGGUCAGGCCUUGCAGGAGCUGGACUUAGAUGGGAGAGUUUGAGGAAGUCUAAGAAGUAUCAGAAUCUUACUAGGUGGUAUGGUUCGAUAUUGGCCGAACACGGUGAUGCGUUGAAUCAAGUAACAGCUGCUUAUGUUGGCAAGAAAGGCGCGGGGAAGUUGAAAGAGAACAUUGCCAGUCAGAAGUCGAAUGGCGUGAAUGGAGAUGCAGAGAAAGCGGGAACUCCCACCACACGAGGAAAAUACGAGGUGGAGCUUCCUGAGGCUGAGGUUGGGAAGGUGAAGUUGAGGUUUGCGCCGGAGCCAAGUGGUUAUCUUCACAUUGGGCACUCAAAGGCAGCUUUGUUGAAUACUUACUUUGCUCAGAAGUAUAAAGGUGAGGUAAUUUUGCGGUUUGAUGAUACAAAUCCUGCGAAAGAGAGCAAUGAGUUUGUGGAUAAUCUUAUCAAGGAUGUCGAGACUUUGGGUGUCACGUAUGAGAGGAUUACCUAUACUUCUGAUUAUUUCCCUGAGUUGAUGAAAAUGGCCGAGAAGCUGAUUUUCGAAGGUAAAGCAUAUGUUGAUGAUACACCUAGAGAGCAGAUGCAAAAAGAACGAAUGGAUGGGAUUGAGUCGAAGUGCAGAAACCAUAGCAAAGAGGAAAAUUUGAAAUUGUGGGAGCAAAUGAUUGCAGGUUCAGAGAGGGGUCUGCAGUGUUGUGUUAGAGGAAAGCUGGAUAUGCAGGAUCCUAAUAAAUCACUCAGAGAUCCUGUUUAUUAUCGUUGCAACCCAAUGCCGCAUCAUAGGAUUGGGGCCAAGUACAAGGUCUACCCAACUUAUGACUUUGCUUGUCCAUUUGUUGAUUCCAUUGAAGGUAUAACUCAUGCACUUCGAUCUAGUGAGUAUCAUGACCGCAACGCCCAGUACUAUUGGAUUCAAGGUGAUAUGGGACUGAGAAGAGUGCAUAUAUACGAGUUCAGUAGGUUGAACAUGGUCUACACACUCCUCAGCAAGCGCAAGCUUUUGUGGUUUGUUCAAAAUGAGAAGGUCAAUGGAUGGGAUGAUCCUCGAUUUCCCACUGUUCAAGGAAUUGUGCGCAGAGGUCUCAAAAUUGAAGCAUUGAUACAGUUCAUUCUUGAGAUGGGGGCUUCAAAGAAUCUGAAUCUUAUGGAAUGGGACAAACUGUGGACAAUUAACAAGAAGAUUAUUGAUCCUGUAUGCCCAAGACACACUGCCGUCAUUGAAGAGGGACGAGUGUUGUUGACCCUCUCUAAUGGCCCUGACAAGCCAUUUGUCCGCAUGAUACCUAGGCAUAAGAAGUAUGAAGGUGCUGGAGAGAAAGCAACGACAUUCACAAGGAGCAUAUGGAUAGAUCGAGCUGAUGCAGAGUUGAUAUCAGUUGACGAGGAAAUCACGUUGAUGGAUUGGGGGAAUGCCAUUGUUAAGAAGAUUGAUAAAGACCAAGAUGGAAAUCUUGCACUCACAGGGGUUUUGCAUCUUGAAGGAUCUGUGAAAACCACCAAAUUGAAGCUUACCUGGCUGCCUCAAAUAGAUGAACUGGUUAAGCUCUCGUUGAUGGAGUUUGAUUAUCUGAUAACAAAGAAGAAGCUUGAGGAAGGUGAGGAUUUCCUUGAUGUGAUUAACCCAUGUACUGAAAAGGAGACAGCUGCCCUUGGGGAUACCAACAUGCGAAAUCUGAAACGUGGAGAUGUAUUGCAACUUGAGAGGAAAGGAUACUUCAGAUGUGAUGUUCCGUACCUCAGGCCAUCAAAGCCUAUUGUUCUCUUUGCAAUCCCUGACGGCAGGCAGCAGGCUGGGUUAAAGUGAAGAGCUUCAAGAAUUUUUUGGCUUCAUGAUUUUGAUAGAAAACUUUUUAUUUCAAAAUUGAAUGGUAGAACUUUUAACUAGUUUGACACUCCUAAAAGUACCUUUCAGUUCUUGUAGUCUUCUAUUCAGAAUAUUUGGCAAGGUUUUGAUGGAAUGAGAUUUCUGUUAAUAAUUCUGUACUGAAUCUUUAACUGUGUGGCUAUCAGAAUAUUUGGCAAGGUUUUCAUGGAAUGAGAUUUCUGUUUAUAAUUCUGUAUC